CUCCACUCACGGCCUGAAGCCUCCUCCACUAGGGGCUUCCCCCUAACCCGCCAGCCAAAGAGCCCAACAGUGGGGCCAGCGAAGCCCAUCUCCGCAGGGCCUGGCAGGAAGUGGGGCGGGGUUUGGGGCUCAGCCGAGGUGGGAUCUGGUACCCCAGGACUGCUGCAACCCAGACUAACCAACCCACUGGGAGAAGAUGCCUGAGGGUCCCCAAGCCCUGCAAAGCCCGCCUGCCACCAUCUUUCUCCUCCUGAUCUCCACUGCUGGCCUGGGCCCCGGGUGCCAGGCCCUGUGGGUGGAGUGGGGCCCACCCUCUGUGACGGUGAGCGUGGGGGAGGAGGUGCGCCUCCAGUGCACGCACAAUGGCAGCAACACCAACGUUACGUGGUGGCACGUCCUCCAAGGCAACUCCUCGUGGCCCCCUGUGAUGCAUGUCGGGGACCAGGGUGCCGGGGGCGAGCUGAUCAUCAAACAAGUGAACAAGACUCACAGGGGCAUGUAUAGGUGCCAAGUCACUGACGGCAAGAAGAUUCAGCACUCCUGCGGGACGUACCUCCGCGUGCGAGACCCGCUCCCCAGGCCCUUCCUGGACAUGGGGGAGGGCACCAAGAACAACAUCAUCACCGCCGAGGGCAUCAUCCUCCUCAUCUGCGCCGUGGUGCCUGGAACGCUGCUGCUCUUCCGGAAACGAUGGCAGAACAUGAAAUUCGGGGCUGAUAUCCAGGAUGACUACGAAGACGAAAAUCUCUAUGAGGGCCUGAACCUUGAUGACUGCUCCAUGUAUGAGGACAUCUCCCGGGGCCUCCAGGGCACCUACCAGGACGUGGGCAGCCUCCACAUCGGAGAUGCUCAGCUGGAGAAGCCGUGACCCUUCUGGGCUGACCCGCCAUGCACCCAACCCAUGUUUCACCCUACUUCCCCCCGAAGCCACUCUCUUUUCACAAUCUUUCCUGGGAGUGUCCUGACUCAACUUCCCCCUGGGACUGUCCACUCUUCUUCCCUCUAGGUCAUCCUCGUCCUCAUCCCCUCCACACACCCUAACUGAUCCUCCUCCUACUGCCUUUCCCCGGCUUCCCCCACCCACCCACCCAGCGGGUAAUGAGCCCUUAAUCACUGCCUCUAGGGGAGCUGAACAUAGCAGCCUCCUUAGUGUCACCUCCCCUCUGCCUGCUCUGUCAUGGCCACUUAGUGAUAAUAAAUCCUUCCCAACGGCA